UUCCGCCAACGUCACAGUGGCGGGAAGUAGUCGCUCCUUCGUAAGGCUCAACACAAGCUGCAUUUUAAACACAUAUAUUUUACCUUUAAACGGCCACUGACUGAACUAUACUAAACACAAAACCUCCGUUACACGUAUUUGAGAUGACUACUACAUCUGUGUCAAAGGGAUGCUUUGUUUUCAAGCCCAGUGCUAAGAAGAAGAAGAAGACACUCAGUUUGGAGGAUCAUUUCACCAAUGGCUGUGAGGGUGCAGACAACAGUGAAAUACGAUUUAAACUUUGUCAAGAUCUGUGGCACAAAAUUAGAGCAGACACAGAGGUUUUACAGGAUGAACUCAACAGGAAAAUCUUGGACAGCUUGCUGGACUUCACGAGGAAGUGCUCCUCCACUCGCCAACACAGUGACUGGGCAUCACAGAUGAGGGCCAGUGAGAUUCCCACUGCGGCUCUUGUGCUCGGUGUGAAUGUCCCGGACCAUGACAUGACCUUCCAGAGUCUGUCUGAACUGCUGCAGCAGUCUGUCACUCCUCAUGUUGCCUCUGUACAGGCCAAAGAGUGUGGAGCGUUGAAGCAUUUGAUGAAGAGGGUCCUGGAGAGGCUGAUGGAUACUGUUGUGACUGUGGAUGAUGAGGAGGAAGAGGAAACUGAGCAGACCAGUACUCAGCUCCACAAGAGUGUGCACUGCUCCCUCAGUACACUCUGUGAUUGGUACAAUGCAAAAACAAUGAAAUCCAAAACUGGCACUCCUGGAAAAAAGCGUAGUUCUCCCGUCAGAGAUGAUCCACAGCAGCCUCCUGUUGUAAUCAUUUUCAAAGAUUUGGAGGCUUUCAACCCAAAAGUUCUUCAGGACUUCAUACUCAUCUGCAGCCGAUACGUUGAACGUCUUCCACUGAUGUUCAUCUUUGGGAUCGCCACGUCACCCAGCACCAUCCAACACAUGCUGCCCCACUCUGUGUCCUCCCUCCUGUGUAUAGAGCUCUUCCAGUCCCUCUCCUGUACACAGCACUUGGCCACAGUUAUAGACAAGUUGAUCCUGACACCUCAGUUCCCUUUUAAGCUCAACGGUAAAGUGAUGCAAGUGCUGAUGAGCAUCUUCCUCUACCACGAUUUCUCGGUGAGAAACUUCAUCAAGGGCGUUCAGCUGGCCUUGCUGGAGCACUUUCACUCUCAGCCUCUCAGUGUACUGUGCUGUAAGAAAAAGGAGGCUCUGCUUAAUGUGAUGCAGCUCAGUCACCAUGACUUGGAGAGCAUAAGGCAUCUGCUGUCCUUCAGGAGGUAUGUAGAGAAGCAGGAACCUCAGGAACAACUGAAUCUGUUUAGAGAUGACACUCAUUUAAAGGAGGUGUGUCAGAAGCUGAUAAAAGACCUUCGCAAAUACCACAAGAACUAUUAUCCCGUCCUGAGGUGUCUCCACACUCUGACCUCAUCCUUACCUCGGUACCCACUCGGAAAACAGGUCAGAGAGCUCCAUUUAAUUUGUCUGGAGAAGAAUGUAUGGGAGAAUGAGGAUUACCAGACAGCCAUGAAGCUUCUAAAGAUGCUGGCUAAAGACGAGCUGAUUGCUUCGCUACAGAGAUGUGUGGAGAUUCUGCAGCCUGUCAAGUCAAAGAAGAUGAAGAAGGCUCUUGUCGAGCUGGAAGAGCUGCUCGCCAAGUUCAAGCAGUUGGAUACAGUAGCUGCUGAAACUCUCCCCUGUGUGGAAGAUUGUAUCACCUCUCCAGUGAAAAAUCUUCAAAAGAAAACCGAUCUCUUCCAGCUGCAGAAGACGCUGCUGGAGAUGAACGAGUCUCGGAGAGCCAAGAAACUGAGCCCUUUUGAGGUUCUGCGAAAUGAAGCUCUCGAGUUUAUCGACGGCUUAGUGAAGAGUCACCUGUCUCCCCCUGAGUCUCAGACACUGAAUGAGGUUUGUUACUACAGUUCUUCUGCCACUGUGAGACGCCACCUCAAUGCAACACCUCGUACCUCCAUACAGGCUGCGCUCAGCAGUCCCUACUAUUAUCUUCAGAAUGAGAGCCUAAAGACUGAGGAUGGGACCGUCUCUAAUGCUGCUCCGGAUAUCUGCAUUGCAUACAAACUCCAUCUGGAGUGCGGCAGGCUGAUUAACCUCUACGACUGGCUAGAAGCCUACGCUACUGUGGUUUCUGCUGCUGAGGGUAACAAUCCAGAUUCUGACAAUGUCAGGAAAGUGGAGGAAGUCAAACAUGCCCGUUUCAUCCAAGCCGUGUCCGAGCUCGAAUUUCUGGGCUUCAUCAAGUCCACCAAGCAGAAGACCGACCACGUGGCUCGACUCACCUGGGGAGGCUGCUGACCGAGCCAAAAGAAACCAAACGUACUUCUUUACUUACAUCUGUGGCUGCCGCCUCCCUUCAUUUAAACUCUUAUCAAAUUUAACUUGGAUUUAUAUUUUGUGCUGUAUUCUUUUUCCCCCACGAAUAAAAUAUGUGAGUAGUGUCUGAUAA